AGAAACAUUGGGGUAACAGUCACCCCGCUAUAGUUCCAGGCAUUGUGGCACCUCAGUAAGCAAACACAUAUUUGUCGAGUUGUAUUAUUACACACAGGAGUAGACAGACAGAGAGGAAAGUUUAUAGGUUACACAGUAUCUGCACUUCCAGCCCAGGUCACGCUCAGCCCAAGUGGAACCGUAUCUGUAGCAGCGGAGUUUGCAAUCCAUGGCCGAGUGUUGCAGGGCAAAAGGGUAUCAAUAGUAAAUGGCUUGGCCGCUGUAUCCAGGCUGUGGCCCCUAUGGGGUUUGGCUGCUGGGCAGAUCAUGCAAUGAGUGCCAGUUGCCUCCAUGAUGGGCUGGUGUGGCUGCUAUUUACCCGCAAUGAUUCCCCUUGUUUUCUGCCUGAUAUUGUUGCCCCCUGUGCCAGAUUCUAUUAAAAUAAUGUUGUACAAAGAGGUUUAGUUGGGGCCGGUAAGGCAUCUGGCUGCUGGGGCUCUUUGAGGACUGCAAUUAUGGAGAGCUCCUCUAUGGAUCAGUAGCGCCACCUUUUGGCCAGCACGUGGCAUUGCUGCAAAGCAGAAAACAACAAUUAAUGGGGGGCACUCAGAUGCAGAAUCUGAAGGGCCGAUGGCAGCUAGACUCGGCCCAUGUGUGGCCACCUAGAAAUGAAUGCUACAGCCACUCUGCACCCCACAUCAUUAAUACAGACACAUAAGGUAUGUAAGGGAGGGAUUUAAUAAAGCACAAUGUUUUGGUGUAUUGUUACAAAAUCUGUAAAACAUAUAAUUUAGUCCAUAGCAAGUACAGUGUCCCAGAAAAUAACAGCAGCGCUCAGGCUUAUAGGUGGGGGGGGCAGGAGUGCUACUGUGUUUGUACUAAAUUAUCUACAUCCCCAAGUGAGUGCACUGGAAACCGAUCCCCCCCAUCCUGGGCAGGUCUGGGGCAGUGGGGCCACUUCUGGCACAAAUCUGAUGCUGCCAAAUCUUGGAGCCACACAUUAAAUAGUUGCAUUUUAGUUUGAAGGCUGGGACCUUGGGGCGCUGAACGCUAAAUGCAACAAUGUCUCCAAAAUGGUUCUCUUGUGUGGGUCUGUUUUAUUGGGCGGGCACAGCGGGGUGUAAUGGUACCAGGGAGGGUAUCUCUAUAGGAAGCAGGAGGGAGAGGGGCAGAGAAAGGCAAAGGCCAGAGGAGAUGGAGCAGAACACUGACAUGUAUGCGGACCUUGAAUAUAUCAGCCAGGACAGACAGAGCCCAGAGAAGCCGGCCAGACGGCACCCAGAGAUGUCGUACGAACUCAGCACUAUCAGCCAACAACGGGAGCCAGAGGUCACUGAUGAUAAUCUAGCCUGCACGGAGCAAGAGAAAGUCCCCAUAUACUUACAGUGGAGGUUCAUUGGAGGCAUGUACCUGUUUGCCCUGCUGUUGGGGGGAGUCGUAUUCUCCCUGCUGGCAGCCUAUCUGCAGGUACAUGCCGAGAUGCUGGUGACCCACGAGGAACUAGAACAGAUGCUCCUGAAGCAAAGCCUCUUACUGAAGCAGCGGGAGAAAGAAAAGGCUAAUGUCAACUCUCUUCGGGAUACCCAGUUGGCUUUACAAAAGGAAUACCACUUCCUGCAGGAGGAGCUGUUCCCCGAACUGCGGCACAACCAGUCCCUGCUGCUGCAGAAGAGAGACAGGAUCCAAGGGAAGAUCCAGGAUAUAAGCAUUAAGCAUCGUUCCUUGCAGGAAGAGUAUGAUCUGUUGAAGAGUCACAUCCCCAUCUCAAAGCAAAGCGACAUGGUGCAAAACUGCCAGAAAACGUCCCCAGAAUCUGAACGCCAGGUUUGCUACUUUUGCCCUCCCGGAUGGAAGGUUUAUGGGGCUUCAUGUUACUUCUUGCACCUGGAUUCCCAGAACUGGGAGAUCAGCCUGAAGCGGUGCCAGAUGCAGGGCGGCCAUCUUGCUGUGAUAACUAGUCUGGAGGAGCAGAACUUCCUGAAGUCUAUGGUGAAGAACGUGUCCUGGAUUGGCUUGUCGGACCGCAAGAAGGAAGGGGACUGGCGCUGGGCAGAUGGAACCCCCUAUAAUUCAGCCCCAAAAUUCUGGCAGCCAAAUCAGCCGGAUAACAGAGGCAACGAAGAUUGUGUCACUUUGUCCCCAGGCUGGCUCUGGAACGAUGACAAGUGCCGCAAGCCGUACAACAGUGUGUGUGAGAGAAACGCUAACAAGGUCUUCCUGCAGGGGGGGAUACUGAGUAACUAGCCCUCACAGCCCACUAUCCUUGCUUACCUGUAGCCGUAGCUUUAGAGACCACACAGUGUGACACCCUGGCACUUUACUCUCCGUCCUUCAGUCAUUUGGGGUUGGGCACUCACUGGCUAUUGGCACAUAUUAAAUGUAACAUUGCUGGUAUGGCUGGCAUAAAUGUUUAUUAAACUGUUCCAAUGUAUUUCCUCUUACAUAAUACAUAGUUACAUAGGGUUGAAAAAAGACCAGAGUCCAUCAAGCUCAACCCUUCCAAAUAAACCCAGCACUCACAACCUAUACUUACCAAUCUAUACACUCACAUACAUAAACUAUAUAUGCAAACAUUAAUACUAACUGUAUGUAACCCUUUCUUGGCACACUCACUUAUUUUGGGCUGUAUACUUGAUUAACAGGAGAUUUAGUUCCCUUUGCAAUAGUGAAAGGUACUGGGAACUGGGGUUUUAGCGCAAUGCCUCCACCUAGUGGACACUGAGGAGCACAGCUCAGGGGGAUUUCCACUAGGAGCAGUUUGCAGCAAAUUUUAACUUUAUAUAACGGUGUGAAAAUAAAAUACUUAUAACAUGCAA